AUGUACUUACUAGAUGACAUAGGGAAAAAGAAGAGGGAGCGCCUACAAGCUCUCGAAUAUCGAGCAAAUAGCCCUGUCAAGAUACCAUCUUUGUCGAUGACAAUCUCUCCCGAAGCCGGGGAUGCUUCUGCCACACCCACGUCGACUUUGGAACACCAGGGCCAGUCGUUAGGCCAACUGUCCUUCUCGUACUCACCCGCAUCGUUUGAAGAGUAUCAUCAAACUGCCAAAGAAAUUACGCCAUUCAUCCUACCAAUCUCAGACUCAUCCGGGCCCUCAAACCAAGAUCUCCCGUCAGUCACAGCAGAACACGAUGACUCAGAGGCAUGGAAAAGCCUUAUGCUUUCUGAAACAGACGCCUUUGGGUCCUUAUUUGACAUGCCAGCUCUUGAACUUGAGCCAAAUCCCGGAAGUUUGAGCGAACAUGAUGAGCAACUUUCAAGUGGACUUCCAGGGAUUACAGGAGGUGGCCACGACAUCUCCGAAGAGCUUCAAGCUUACGACACCACUUUCUUCACUUUUCCAGAUGACCACACCCUCGAGGUCCCAUCUCUCACCCUUCUCAACGCCGCUAUGAGAGUUGCUGUCCAGCUCAAAGUUUCUGACAUUAUCUGGGACAUUGCGGCAAUAAGCCCAUUCUAUCAACCAUCAUCCUCAAGCAGCUCUGACACUUCCCUCUCACCUCCAGCCCUAGAGUCUGGCUUGUCAACUUCAGGGCCGUCGCCCACCAACUCCAGCUCACAAGUCGAUCCCACCGAGCUCCCCUUACAUUUACAGCCAACUCGGACCCAACGUUCGAUCGCCCACCAUCCAUUAUUGGACCUGCUACCUUGGCCCAGUACCCGGGACAAAUUAAUACAAGUUUUUCAUCUCCCUGUACAAAUGCGGCCUGGCAAUGCACAGGACCCUAUGGGUCUUGUAAGAUUUGUUUACGACAUGGAGGAUGACAGUGGUGAAGGUGUGACGAUCACCGGACAGAAUCCGUUUGAACCAGGGACAUGGGAGAUAGGCCAACUUGUUUUUGAGCGGUGGUGGUGGGCAUUUGACACGGGGGUGAUUGAGGGAAAGUAA